AUGGAUCAUCUCCCGGAGAUUGAGGCCGAGGUCAGGUCUAUAAACUCUCCGGUCACCGUCCCAUUUCUGUGCCUACAGCCAUAUGACGGUGGUGACUUCUUAACAUAUCCGGCUCGCAGACGAUUCGACCCUGACAUCUGUGAAUCAGACGAAGUAGGAUGGGUCGACCCCAGUGGAUAUACAGCUCAUGACCGGACCGCCAUCUUCCAGGAGUGGUUAUUUUUCGGAACUUUAUCCGAAAUCCUAGAUGCCGGUGGAGUUCGUCUUAUCCCCGCUGAGUUUGUCUGCGGCGGAUGCGUGACAACACGGAAGUUAGAUUACUACAUUCGGCAAGCUAUCAAGUCAGUUAAUCGACAGCAGGGUGAAGAGAUAAUUGUCUCGGUUAGUCGGAUAGAAACUGUUGUAGACACUGUGCGUCGAUACGCCAGUUUCAGGCCUCCUGGGGCAAUGGCGGUUACUCUGGGGAGCGUGUGCCCAGAGCGUUGGCCAGUUGCGCUUUCGAUUACCAUUCUCUGUGAGGGUCUGCUCAUGCUCGUGAGUAACCUGCCAAACAGCAAAGGGGUUCUUAUGGGCGAGCAAAUUGCCAUGGUGUCAAAUGCAGUCACUGGGGACGGCCCUGGCCUGAUGGAAAAGUUGCUUGUCCGGAGGAUUAUGGAUGCCGGGUGGUGUCCGAAUCAGAUUGCUGGCUACGGUCUGAUGGAUGCCAGUUUAGCAUAUUACCUUGGGAUGCUGGCUCCGAAAAUACGCAUGUCGCAUGAGAGAUGUCGACCUAACUUUGCUGCCUGCAAUCAGCUCCAGGAUAACUACAUGAUAAGACACGCCGACUUGUGUGAUAGCCAGGAAUGUCGGAUGUUUCAUGUUGACUUGCAAAAUUUAGAGGAUAUUAUUAACGAUGGGGCUCUACCAGUCGUAUGGGUGGACGAGAAAGAUGGGUCAAUCAAAGUCGUUCGCCGGGAUCCCUCAAAGGCCUACCUGGCUAUUUCACAUGUCUGGAGCCAGGGGCUUGGUAACCCAGCUGCAAAUGCCCUUCCUAUAUGCCAGAUAUACUGGAUAUGGGUAAAUGAUGGCACCUUGAUACGGGACAAAGCUGGUGUUUGGAUAGACACGCUCUGCGUCCCAGUAUCGGGGCCCUGUCGCAAACAGUCGAUCCGUCGAAUGGGCUCAAUAUAUGGCGAUGCAUCCGCAGUUCUUGUACUUGACGAGGAGUUGCUACGCACCCCCUGCUCCAAUAUCAUCGAACAAACGUGUCGGCUUGGCUGCUGUUCGUGGCAACGUCGCCUUUGGACGCUCCAAGAAGGCUGCCUGAAUGUCGAGAAUCUGUACUUCAUUUUCCGGGAUGGCAUUUUGAACUACUGGACGCUUCUGGAAUCCGCCCUCGAUCACGAGACGGCCCUUGUAUGCACGAUUCCUGGAGUGCUCAGUUUACCAUUUCGCCAUUUAGUAUUUCGCCUUCACUACGGCUCUUUUGUGGAAACCGGUGCUUCCUUGAUGGAGAAUGAGCCAACCUGGGUUGGUAUCCUUUUAUCUCUUCUCGAAACGCUUCCGUGGCGCGCAACGAGCAGAUCUGCAGAUGAAACUCUCUGUAUUUCUACCAUCAUGGGGAUCGAUCCCGGUCCCUUGCUGGAAAUUCCAGAUGCUGAAGACCGGAUGAAGCAUUUCCUGCACAGUCUCUCUCGAGUUCCCCAGGAGCUCUUAUUUAUCCCGGGGCCCAAAUUUGCUAACAUCCCUGGCCUCGGUUGGGCAUCUAAGUCAUUUCUUGGCACAGGUAUCCCGGGCACGAUUCAGAAUAAAUGGACUACCCCAACUGAGAAAGGGCUCCCAAUCACUACGGAUGGGGCUGUACUCUCUCCGAUUUAUAUGUCACUCGCUGCCAGGGGAGAACAAGACCUUAACACGCCAUGGACUCCUAUAUCACAAGAUGUAGUAGCAAUCAAGGGGCAUGCGGAGGAACCCUGGUCCUUCUUUACAGUACGGGAUAUUACCCUUCCAAGUGAAGGACGUUUGAUCGAUCUAUCUGGGAUCCCACGUCCUGGCCUAAUUCUGCGCCAUGAACUUUCCUCGUCGAUCGCCUGUUUAGUCAGUUUAGGACAGGAAGGAGCCGUUGCGAGUAAUGAGUGCUUGUUUGGGCAAUUCCGGGCCCUCGUAUCUUUACAAAGGAUGCCAACUCUAUGUACGCAGGACGGCGGACAGAGCAUUCCAAUUCUAGCCGGUCAGCUUCUGGGGGCGUCACAGAACUGGGUGGUUGGAUGA